AGUGAACUGUGGGUUCCUCGAUGCAGGCUGCCAUACAGACCACAGCCUCUCUGGGACCUGUGGUCUAGAAAACAGGAGAAAGGAUGAGCACACCAGGAGACCCAGCCCAACCAGACCUUGAAAGUUGCAGAGGCACCAUGAGUGCCGAGGAGGACGCCAAGUGGCUUCAGUGGGUGACACACCAGUUUUGAGACCAUUGCGGGAGAAGCCGGGAGAUCAACCUGCAAGAAUUCAAAACAGCCUUGAAUGUGAAAGAGUCCUUCUUUGCCGAGAGAUUCUUCGCCCUGUUUGACUCCGAUGGAAGUGGCACCAUCACGCUCCAGGAGCUGCUGGAGGCGCUGACCCUGCUCAUCCACGGCAACCCCAUGGACAAACUCAAAUUCCUCUUCCAGGUGUACGACGUUGACGGUAAGGGCUCUUAGGGGGCGGGGGCAGCGGCUCCAUCGGACGCGGAUGAGCUGCGCACCGUGCUGCAAUCGUGCAUGCGCGAGAGCGCCAUCUCGCUGCCAGACGAGAAGCUGGACCAGCUGACGCUGGCGCUCUUCGAGUCGGCCGACAAGGACAACAACGGCGCCAUCACCUUCGACGAGCUCCGGAACGAGCUGCAGCGCUUCCCCGGGGUCAUGGAAAACCUGACCAUCAGCGCCGCCCACUGGCUGACGCCCCCUGCCGCCCGGCCGCGCAGUCGCCGUCCUCGCCCUCUGACCUCCGCCUACUGGCACAACCACCGCAGCCACCUGCUCUGCCUGGCCGCCUACGCGGGCCUCCACGUGCUGCUCUUCACUCUGGCGGCCUGCGCGCACCGGGCCCUGGGCGCCAGCGUCAUGGUGGCCAAGGGCUGCGGCCAGUGCCUCAACUUCGACUGCAGCUUCAUCGUGGUGCUGAUGCUCAGACGCUGCCUCACUUGGCUGCGGGCCACGUGGCUAGCUCAGGUCCUGCCGCUGGACCAGAACAUCCAGUUCCACCAGCUCAUGGGCUGGGUGGUGGUUGGGCUCUCCCUUGUGCACACCGUGGCCCACGUUGCGAACUUCGCGCUCCAGGCUCAGUCCGGGGCCAGCCCCUUCCGGUUUUGGGAACUGCUGCUCACCACGAGGCCCGGCAUUGGCUGGGUCCGUGGCUCCGCCUCCCCGACCGGAGUGGCGCUGCUGCUGUUGCUGCUCCUUAUGUUUGCCUGCUCCAGCUCCUGCAUCCGAAGGAGCGGCCACUUUGAGGUGUUCUAUUGGACCCAUCUGUCCUACCUCCCCAUGUGGAUCCUGCUCAUUGUGCACGGGCCCAGCUUCUGGAAGUGGCUGCUGGUCCCUGGCAUCUUGUUCUUGGAGAAGGCCAUCGGGCUAGCGGUGUCCCGCAUGGCAGCCCUGUGCAUCGUGGAAGUCAAUCUCCUUCCCUCCAAGGUCACCCAUCUGCUCAUCAAGCGGCCCCCUCUGUUCCACUAUAGGCCGGGCGACUACCUGUAUCUGAACGUCCCCACCAUUGCGCGUUACGAGUGGCACCCGUUCACCAUCAGCAGCGCGCCGGAGCAGAAAGACACCAUCUGGCUACACGUCCGGUCCCAAGGGCAGUGGACAAACAGGCUGUAUGAGUCCUUCAAGACAUCAGACCCUGUGGACUCCAAACGGCUGUCAAGGAGUUUGAGGAUGAGAAGGAGCCAGAGGAAGCCCCAGAGUUUUCAGUGCCAGCCCGUCCAGUCCGGAGCCGCGGUGCAGGGAGCUGUGGCCUCCAGCAAGGAUGUCACCGUGGAGCUGACAUCCUACAGGCCCAGGGGGACUCCGCAGCAUGGGGACCCAGGCCCGGUGCCCACAGGGACAGAGGAAUCGGCUCAGGCACAGCGGAGAACCACGUCUGAGUGGGGUCUGGUGUCCGAGAUGUCCUCUGAGAACCAUCUGUUUUGCAACAUCAAGUGCUAUAUCGACGGCCCUUACGGAACCCCCACCCGCAGGAUCUUUGCCUCUGAGCAUGCGGUGCUCAUCGGAGCAGGCAUCGGCAUCACCCCCUUCGCUUCCAUCCUGCAGAGCAUCAUGUACAGGCACCAGAAGAGGAAGCACAUCUGCCCCAGCUGCCAGCACUCCUGGAUGGACGACGUCCAGGAUGAGGACAUGAAGCUCCACAAGGUGGACUUCAUCUGGAUCAAUCGAGACCAGCGGUCUUUCGAGUGGUUUGUGAGCCUGCUGACCAAACUGGAGUUGGACCAGGCCGAGGAGACACGAGAGGGCCCCUUCCUGGAGCUGCAUAUGUACAUGACCUCUGCACUGGGCAAGAAUGACAUGAAGGCCAUUGGCCUGCAGAUGGCCCUCGACCUCCUGGCCAAGAAGGAGAAGAAGGACUCCAUCACGGGCCUCCAGACACGCACCCAGCCUGGGCGGCCUGACUGGAGGAAGGUGUUCCAGAAAGUGGCUGCUGAGAAGAAGGGCAAGGUGCAGGUCUUCUUCUGUGGCUCCCCAGCUCUGGCCAAGGUGCUCAAGGGCCAUUGUGAGCACUUCAGCUUCAGAUUCUUCCAAGAGAACUUCUAGCCUCACCUCUGCCAAACCCACCCCGCCAGCCGAUUUGAUCACAUUGCUUCUGUGCCCCACAGGGGCCAGCCUCAGAGGGCCUGCCUAGUCCUGCUCCACACCCGGCACAGGAGGGCCCAGGGGCAGAUGGACUUCCUUCAGGACCCAGGGGACAGGGCAGUGGCCUGCGCGGGGGCCGCUGUGCAUUCUGGGAUUGCUGAGAAACUGAUCAGACCCAAGGCGCCGCGGAGGGGGGUGCAGAGGGCGCUUGCCAGGCGACUGCUCCUCCCAAAGUCCUCGGAGGAAGCCUUCCCCUACAACAGUGGUCCCAGACCUGCCUAAUCAGCACAGUCAUUCAGGAUUUUAUCCCAACAUUUUCUUAUGAAAAUUUUCAAACAUCAGACAGCUAAAUGGAUCGUACAGUGAACGGGGUUCCCCAUUUGCUGGAUUCCUCCGUUAACAUGCCGCUGUAUUUGCUUUACUGCAUAUUAUCCGUCUGCCCCGUUCUGUCUCCACCCAUCAAUGCAUCUUGUCUUUCAGAUGCACUUCAAAGCACGCUUUGCUGCUCAGAGGAGCUUUCUUUCCACGCAGACUCCUGGGCCCCACUCCCAGAAAUUCUGAUUGCGAGGUUCUGGGGAUGAGACCUGGAAGGCAUAUUUUAUUACAAAUCCAUUCAUUCCCUUAGGAAGAGAUAAGCAGCUUAUUUCCACUUCUCUCUAGGUCACUGUCUCCCCAUCUGUGUCCCUUUGCCGUCCCCCGCCUUUCUCUUCCUGCCUCUCUCUGCCUCUCCCCUGCAUGUGUCCCUCCGUGCCCCUCCCUUGUUCCACAUGUCAGUUUCUCCCUUCUCUCCAUGCAUGGAGUCAUUAGAGAAAUAGGAAGGUGACAGUCUGGGGGGGAGGGGGCGGGGGACAUGGCAAGGCUGUGUGCCUGGACACUGGGUAGGUGGCUCCCAGAAGCUCAGUUCAGACACGGCCCAGCGAUGUAGCCCUGGGAACCCCUCUGAGUCGGAUUCUUCAUCUGAAAAAUGGCGCCCCCGGUCACAGUUGCUGUGAGAGUAAGAGGAGACAUCACCAUCCGUACUGUCCCUACUCAGGACACGUGUCUUCCCUCCCUGCCCGUCUCUUUAUCUCGGCAUCUUCUCGUGGCCCCUUCUGUCACUGUGUGGCCAGAGUACCUGGCAGAAACAGCAAAUGCCAAAGUUCUCCUAGAAGACACUUUGUGGAAGGGAGGCCCUGGGCUGAGGGCAAGGGAGGGUGGGCUGGCCUCACCCCCUCGGAUCUGAGCUGUUUUCCGCCUGCCCCGCACAGCAAGCCCCCGUGAACCCCACAGUUCCUGGGAGUCCUCCAUGUUGCGGCCUGCCCUUCUAGUUCUCUCUCUUCCGUGAGAGCCUAAAACCCUCCUCUCCAAAGCUGCCUUCCAGGGGUCCGGCACGUUCCCAUGGAAAGUGCUUUUCUUUCGUGUGGGUCGGAAGACCCCGAGGGAGAACAGGUAAAGGAGCUGGGUGACACCCGUGACGAUGACACCCCUUAUAAAAGGUCUGGGCAUCCAGGGAGGGAGCUGGGACACAGGUGGGGGGGGUGUGCAGCAGCUGAGCGGAGAAGACGAUGGAGGCAUCACAUGGGUGACAAGGAAACAAAGCAGGUGGGAAAAGUUCUCUUCACAAAGCAGCCACCGAGAGAAGGGGAUGGUGGCUGAAGGAGUUGAAGGGCCCACUGGGGGAGAGGGCAGUAUGCUCCGUGAGGACUGAGGCAGACAGGAGGUGAGGGGCAUGAUCCCGGAAGCAGGA